UUGCUUACAGUAGUAGUAGUAGUAUAGUACAGAAAAGAAUGAGCGGUGUGGUCACCAAGUCGUCGCCCGUGGUGGUCGCCCCGUCGGCGCCGGGGAUGCCGACCGGCGACGUUCAGCUCUCGAGGUUCGACAAGGUUGCUGGGUGCGCGCCAGUCUCGUCGAUCCUGGUGUUCGACAAGCCAAUCGACGAUCCUGCUGACACCAUCAUGAGAGCGCUCUCCCGAGCACUAGUCCACUACCCUCCCAUCUCUGGUCGCCUCGCCGCUGGAGCUGAGGGCGGCGAGGUCAUCGCAUGCACCGGAGAGGGCCAGGGCGUGCUGUUCGUGAGUGCGUCGGCAAGCUGCGCCGUUGACGGCGUGCUGCCCCCGGCGCUACUGAAGGACCUCUUCGUUCAAUACCCCCAGGAGUUCUUCUGCCGCCACGCCGACCCGUUGCUGCUGAUGCAGGUGACGGAGUUCUCGUGCGGCGGGUUCGCCGUCGGCGUUUCAUGGAACCACGCCUUGGCCGACGGGGCGGGGAUGGGGCAGUUCCUGCAGGCCGUCGCAGAGCUCGCCUGUGGCAUGUCAGCGCCGUCCGUUGCUCCAGUCAGGUCGGAUGGCUUAGUCCUGGCAGCCCACCCUCGAGGAAUGGCUGCCGCGGACUUCGCCUCGGCGGAACUGACAAGGGACCUGGCCUACCUAGACUUAACUAUCCCCGAAAGCUUCAUCAGUCGCGUCAAGGCGGAGGUGAGCGCCGGCCUCGGCGAGCCAUGCACGGUGUUCGAGGCCGUCGUCGCUGUACUUUGGCGGUGCCGCGCCCGGGCGGUUAUCUCCGACGUCGACCCUGAGCGCCCCGCGUCGCUCGUUUUCGGAUGCAACGUGCGCGGCCCCGUUGGCGCUCCCGGGGGCUACUACGGGAACUGCCUCGUCGCGGAGUCAGUCGUAGCGGCGGUGGCGAACGGCGACAUCAAGGACAUCGUGAAGCUCAUCAAGAUCGCCAAGCAGAAGAUACAUGACAAUAUCAGGAGCGGCGACGUGGUCGACCCAGUAGUGCGGCAGCCGCUUGGAUACAGCACGCUCCUCGUGUCAAGCUGGCGGAACCUUGGGCUCGAAGCGCCAGAUUUUGGCGGUGGAACGCCUGCCCGGGUAGUUUGGUAUGUGCCGCAGGUGUUCAUGCCUGUCUUGAUCAUCUGCCCGCCGUGCAAAGGGCACAACGGGGUCAACGUUUCGGGAUACAUUGUGAAGAAGGGGCAUGUCGAUGCUUUCCUGCACGAGUUGGCGACCACGUCACUGAAUCCUGGUUGUGGACAUGGCCAGUAAAUCUCCAAUAAUCCUACACCUACGGGAUUUUUGUUACGGGGCAGUUUUACGGGAUGCGGUGGAUGAACGUGGGUGGUGCAAAUCUUUCUCUUCCCAUGAUUUGAGGAACCGUAAUCUCUCCAUGAUUCUCCACGUCAGUCCGUAAGUUAGAUUUUGUAGAACCGAGCCCGUAGAUGUAGCAUUGCUCGUAAAUCUCGUCGCAGUGCACGGGCCUAUGACGAAGCUCUUGCGUGUAUCUUUUUUUUUUAUUUUUAUAAAGGGUGCUUCAUUACUUAAAACGU